ACAACAGACCUUCUCUGGUCUUCUUCCUCUGUUUUCUACUGUUUCCCCUGUUCUUGCUGCCAUGGUGGUCUUGACGCCCUCGCCGGCUAUGAAGCAGAUCCCCGCCAUCAACCUAUCGGAGCCAGGGUCGGAAGCCCUUCUGGUGAGAGCCUGCGAGGACCUCGGUUUCUUCAAGGUCACUGAACACGACAUCCCCAUGGAGCUCAUUGCGAAGCUGGAAGAAGAAGCCCUGAAAUUUUUCGCCCUGUCGCCGGCGGAAAAGGAGCUCGCUGGGAGAGCCAACCCCUUCGGAUACGGAAGCAAGAAUAUUGGCGGCCAUGGCGACGUUGGCUGGGUGGAGUACCUCCUCAUGCCCAUCACCUCCGAGCCCCUCUCCAUGGCCUUUCUCAUGCACCCCUCCGCAAGCUCUUUCCGCUCUGCGUUGGACGAGUACGCUCUAGCAGUGAGAAAACUGGCGUGUCGGGUCCUGGAGCUGAUGGCGCAGGGGCUCGGGAUGGAGCAGAGGGACGCGUUCAGGAAGCUGGUGGCGGACGAGGAGAGCGAUUCGAUGCUAAGGCUGAACCACUAUCCUCCAUGCCCGAUGCUUCGGGAGCUGAAUGGGUUCGUGACGGGGUUCGGGGAGCACACUGAUCCCCAGAUCAUCUCCGUUCUGAGAUCCAACGACACGGCCGGGUUGGAGAUCUCCCUGAGAGACGGAAGCUGGGUCUCCGUCCUCCCUGAUCGAGAAUCCUUCUUCAUCAACGUCGGCGAUUCCUUACAGGUGCUGACCAAUGGAAGGUUCCGGAGCUUGAGGCACCGAGUGUUGGCGAACGGGUGGAAGUCGAGGGUGUCGAUGAUCUACUUCGGGGGGCCGCCGCUCGGGGAGAGGUUGGCGCCGCUUCCGGAGGUGAUGGCGGAGGGGGAGCAAAGCAAGUACAGGGAGUUCAUGUGGUGCGACUACAAGAGCUGCGCUUUCAAGACGUUGCUCGGGGACAACAGGCUCGACCUCUUUCACCAGACAAGCGAAGCGUCGGAGAAGAUGAAGAAGGACGAUGAAGUAGCUGUUAAUGAACAGAUCGUGGAAAUGUAGGGAAGAGGGUUUUACCUUUUCACACCUUCCAGAUCUAGAGUUUUAUAGCCUACGUUACAUGAUCAUUUGUAAGUGAAUUAAUGGCCCACAUGGUGUAGGAUAAAAGAUUGGCAUUAUA